CAUACCAGGGAUCCCAUGUUGACCAAGCCACGGCCCUUGACCUUCCUGCCUUCCUCACCUCUCCCUAAAGACAGUACCCCACCGUCCUUCCUUUCUUUCCCUCCCCCGUUUUAAAACAUUCUCGCUCUAGAAAAACCAAACCCUCGCACCUCUCUCUCUCAAAAUUUCGAUGGACAAUAUGCGAAGGCUCUUCUCGAGAAGCUCCGGCGACUCGCCCCAUUCCUCGCCGGAGCCCUCGCCUCCGCAGUCGGUGACCGCCGGCCCCGCGCGGCCUAUCCGCCUCGUGUACUGCGACGAGAAGGGGAAGUUCCAGAUGGAUCCGGAGGCCGUCGCCGCGCUCCAGCUCGUCAAGGGCCCCAUCGGCGUCGUAUCCGUCUGCGGUCGUGCUCGACAAGGCAAGAGCUACAUACUGAAUCAGCUUCUUGGAAGAAGCAGUGGAUUUCAAGUGGCAUCGACUCAUCGGCCUUGUACAAAAGGGCUUUGGUUGUGGAGUGCACCCAUAAGGAGAACUGCUCUUGACGGAACUGAAUAUAACCUCUUACUGUUAGAUAGUGAAGGAAUUGAUGCUUAUGAUCAAACGGGAACAUACAGCACACAGAUAUUCUCCUUAGCUGUUCUCUUAUCAAGCAUGUUUGUGUACAACCAGAUGGGUGGUAUUGAUGAAGCCAGCCUUGAUCGCCUGUCUCUUGUUACUGAAAUGACUAAACAUAUUCGUGUUAGAGCAUCUGGAGGACGGAGUACUGCUUCUGAGCUCGGUCAAUUCUCCCCAGUCUUUGUUUGGCUUUUAAGGGACUUCUAUUUGGACUUGGUGGAAGAUAAUAGGAAAAUAACACCCCGUGACUACCUAGAGCUAGCUCUAAGGUCAGUUCAAGGCGGUGCUAGAGAUAUAGCUUCCAAAAAUGAGAUUCGCGAUUCUAUUCGGGCUCUUUUUCCGGAUAGAGAAUGCUUUGCCCUUGUCCGGCCUUUGAGCAAUGAAAAUGAACUCCAACGACUUGACCAAAUUCCUUUGGACAAACUAAGACCAGAAUUUAGAUCUGGUCUGGAUGCUUUGACAAAGUUUGUUUUUGAGAGGACUAGGCCCAAGCAAGUAGGGGCUACUGUAAUGACGGGACCCAUUCUUGCUCGUAUUACUCAGUCUUUUCUGGAUGCAAUUAAUAAAGGUGCUGUGCCUACGAUAACCUCCUCAUGGCAGAGUGUUGAAGAAGCAGAAUGUCAGAGGGCAUAUGAUUUAGCAACUAAUGUUUAUAUGUCUUCUUUUGACCGUUCAAAGCCGCCUGAGGAAGUUGCUCUAAGGGAAGCACAUGAAGAAGCAGUUCAAAAGUCGAUUGCUGCAUUCAAUAAUACUGCUAUAGGUACUGGUUCAACACGACAAAAAUAUGAAAAGCGUCUCCUAGACUUUUUAAGGAAGGCAUUUGAGGACUACAAAAGGGAUGCUUUUAGGGAGGCAUACUUACAAUUAUCAAAUGCUAUACAGAACAUGGAAAAGGAACUGAGAUCAGCUUGCCAUGCUCCCGAUGCAAAAGUGGACAACAUUCUUAAGGUUCUUGAUAAUAUUUUAUCAAAGUAUGAAGCAUCAUCUCAUGGCCCAGAAAAAUGGAGGAAACUGGCCAUCUUUUUAAGACAAAGUUUGGAAGGUCCUAUCCUUGAUCUCAUCAAGAAGCAGAUAGAUCAAAUUGGAUCAGAGAGGAGUUCACUCGCCUUGAAAUGCCGCUCAAUUGAAGAUAAGAUGGGUUUGCUUAACAAGCAAUUAGAAGCUAGCGAAACGUAUAAAUCUGAAUAUUUGAAGCGUUACGAGGAUGCUAUAAACGACAAGAAAAAGCUUGCAGAUGAUUAUAUGAGUCGGAUAACAAAUUUGCAGAGUAAAUGUAGUUCACUGGAAGAGAGGAGUUCUAGCUUAUCAAAAUCAUUAGCCUCUACCAAACACGAGUCAUUGGAUUGGAAAAGGAAAUAUGAACAGGUCAUUUCGAGGCAGAAGGCUGAAGAAGACCAGUUAAGCGCAGAAAUUGCGAUUCUGAAGUCCAAGAGCAGUGCUGCAGAGGCAAGAAUGGCUGCUGCCAGGGAACAAUCACAGUCUGCCCAAGAGGAGGCAGAGGAGUGGAAGCGGAAGUAUGAUAUUGCUGUCAGGGAAGCAAAAGCUGCUCUUGAGAAGGCAGCAGUUGUUCAGGAACGCAGUAAUAAGCAGACGCAGCAGAGGGAAGAUGCUUUGAGGGAAGAAUUUUCUUAUACCUUGGCUGAGAAGGAAGAGGAAAUAAAGGAUAAGGCAUCAAAGAUUGAAUAUGCAGAGCAGCGCUUGACAACUUUGAGUUUGGAAUUGAAGGCAGCUGAGUCAAAGAUAAAGAACUACAAUUCAGAAGUCUCUGCGAUUAAGCAUGAAAUUAAGGAGUUAGGUGAGAGAUUAGAAGCUGCAAAUGCUACAGCUCAAUCAUAUGAAAGAGAAGCCCGGAUACUGGAACAGGAAAAAAUCCAUUUGGAACAAAGAUACCUAUCUGAAUUCAACAGGUUUGAGGAAGUUCAAGAGAGAUGCAAAGCUGCGGAGAGGGAAGCCAAAAGAGCAACUGAAUUAGCUGAUAGAGCACGCUCAGAGGCUGUCACUGCUCAAAAGGACAAAACCGAAAUUCAGCGUGUAGCAAUGGAAAGGUUAGCCCAAAUUGAGAGAUCAGAGAGGCUUAUUGAAAGUUUAGACAGGCAAAAAUGUGACCUGGCGAAUGAAUCCGAGAGAUACAGAGUUGCUGAACUGGAUGCUAUUUCAAAAGUCUCAAUGCUAGAGGCAAGAGUCGAAGAAAGGGAGAAGGAAAUUGAGUCGCUAUUAAAAUCUAACAAUGAACAGAGAGCUAGUACGGUUCAAGUCCUUGAGAGCCUAUUAGAGACUGAGCGAGCAGCUUGUGCAGAAGCAAACAAUAGAGCAGAAGCACUCUCUCUUCAGUUACAAUUAACACAAGGAAAACUUGACUCGCUUCAGCAAAAAUUGACCCAAGUUCAACUCAACGAAACGGCACUUGGUAAUAAGCUUAAAACGGCUUCUCAUGGGAAACGGCUAAGAAUUGAUGAUUUCGAAAUGGGUGUGGAAUCGGUUCAGGAUAUGGAUGUGGAUGACACGGCAGUUAGAGGAAAUAAGAGAUCGAAAACUAUGACUAGCUCCUUAAAGGGCCAACAGCCGGAAGAUGGAGGGUCGGUGUUCAAGGGUGAUGAGGAUAAUCACAGCCAGCAAACGAAUUCAGAAGAUUAUACAAGGUUUACUGUUCAGAAACUGAGGCAGGAGCUGACAAAACAUAAUUUCGGUGCUCAGCUGCUUCAGUUGAGGAAUCCAAACAAGAAAGACAUCCUUUCCCUUUACGAAAAGUGUGUGCUUCAGAAAUCAUAACAUCUCAUACGGUUGACUAUUGUUGGAGAUUUGCCUGCAUGGUACUGGGAAUUGGUUGAUAUACAGGUUAUGAAACAUGUACAUUACCAAUUCUCGAGAGUGUGUUUCAUGGAACAGCAUUGGCAUUUUGUUGAGCUUCCACAUCUUUCUGUGUGUUGUCAGAAUGUUCACCAUUAGGUUUUGGGUUGUUUAGGGUGUGUACUUGUGUUUGGGGUGUCUUUUGUGUAACUACUUUUGGUAAAAAAUUCAUUAGUCUCUGUAUUUAUUCCGAGGUUUACAAUACCCUAUCAACACAUUCUCCAAAAUGUGUGAAAUUUCUGAGAGGUUAUGGCAAGUCUGGAGUCUGAUUUCAUUUUUA